CCGAGCCUUGCUAGGCUCCGCCCACAGCUCUAGCCACUCGGAUCCCUUCUCCCCAAGGCCCCUCCCUAGCCUCCGAAGCCCCGGUCCACUCGGGCUCCAUCCCCGCACCCUAGCCUUGCUCCGUCACCGUCACGCCCAGCGCGUUCCGCAAGCGCCGACAGUACGGAGGGGCCCCAGACGAAAGGCGGUGGGCUCCCCGGCCCUGGCCCCGCCUCUCUGCAGCUGCCCGCGCCCCCCACCCAGCCCCCCGACGGCAGCGCCAAAGGCAUCCCGGGACACCACGACAUGCCCGAGCUGGUGGUGACGGCUCUGCUGGCGCCGUCGCGCCUGACCCUGAAGCUGCUGCGCGCCUUCAUGUGGAGCCUCGUGUUCUCGGCGGCACUGGUGGCGGCCGCCGUCUACGGCUGCAUCGCGCUCACUAACGUGCUGUGCCGGCCCCGGCGCGGCUGUUGCGGGCGCCCUCGGCGCACCCGACCCGCCUGCUUGAACAACCCGACUCUGGGCGAACACUGCUUCCUGACUCUCGAGAGUUCGGGCCUGCGCCUGCACUAUGUCUCCGCCGGACGCGGCAACGGGCCCCUCAUGCUGUUUCUGCACGGCUUCCCUGAGAACUGGUUCUCCUGGCGCUACCAGCUCCGCGAGUUUCAGAGCCGAUUCCACGUGGUAGCUGUGGACCUGCGGGGAUAUGGCUCCACCGAUGCACCUCGAGGUGUUGACUGCUACACCAUCGACCUGCUAAUGGCAGACAUCCAGGAUGUCAUCCUGGGCCUGGGUUACUCCAAGUGCAUCCUGGUGUCCCACGACUGGGGUGCACUCCUAGCCUGGAAUUUCUCCAUUUACUACCCAUCCCUGGUUGAGCGGAUGGUAGUGGUCAGCGCAGCCCCCAUGUCUGUCUACCAAGACUACUCCAUGCACCACAUUGGCCAGUUCUUCCGUUCCAACUACAUAUUCCUGUUCCAACUUCCCUGGCUGCCCGAGAAGUUGCUGUCCAUGUCUGACUUCCAGAUCCUGAAGACCACCCUCAUGCACCACAAGAGGGGCAUCCCACACUUGACCCCCAACGAGCUGGAGGCCUUCCUUUAUGAUUUUUCACAGCCCGGGGGCCUCACUGGGCCCCUCAACUACUACCGAAACCUCUUCAGGUACUUCCCCCUGGAGCCCCAGGAGCUGGCCAUGCCCACACUGCUGCUGUGGGGGGAAAAGGACACCUACUAUGACCAAGGGCUGGUGGGGGCCAUCAGCAGCCGCUUUGUGCCCGGCCGGCUGGAAGCCCACAUCCUGCCAGAUGUGGGCCACUGGAUCCCACAGAGCAACCCCGAGGAAAUGCACCAGUACAUGUGGGCCUUCUUGCAAGACCUACUGAACUAGUGGCCCUCGUUGGCCAGCCUGUGUGCACCUGGGAUCCAUACAAUGUAUACACCUAGGUGGAUCUGUGGGUGCCCUCAGACACACCAACCUGUAUGUUCAAACACAGGCAUGAGUGUGUGCAUGUGUGAGCAAUCACUGUGGCUCUGGGAAACCACGUGCGCCUCUCUGUGGAGCUAGAUGCUCAGUGUCCUACCUCUUCCCUCCCUGGGGCCCCACUCUUCUUGCCAAAGUCAGCCCCCAGAGCUACACAAACCAUAAGCUGUCUGAUCUUCCGGUCCCUGGCUUCCACCUCCAGUCUGGGGCUUCAGCUAAAAAAAAUAUGGUACUGUAGCCAUAUCUGGCUACUUCAGUUUCAACACAAAUUGAUUAAAAUUAAAUACACUUAAAAAUUCACUUCCUCAGGAGAGAGGGGAACCCUCCUACACUGGCUGGUGGGAAUGUAAACUAGUUCAACCACUGUGGAAAGCAGUAUGGAGGUUCCUCAAAAAUCUCAAAAUAGAAAUACCAUUUGACCCAGGAAUUCCACUCCUAGGAAUUUACCCUAAGAAUGCAGGAGCCCAGUUGGAAAAAGACAUAUGCACCCCUAUGUUUAUCGCAGCACUAUUUACAAUAGCCAAGAAAUGGAAGCAACCUAACUGUCCAUCAGUAGAUGAAUGGAUAAAGAAGAUGUGGUACAUAUACACAAUGGAAUAUUAUUCAGCCAUAAGAAGAAAACAAAUUCUACCAUUUGCAACAACAUGGAUGGAGGUAGAGAGUAUUAUGCUCAGUGAAAUAAGCCAGUAGGAGAGAGACAAGUACCAAAUGAUUUCACUCAUCUGUGGAGCUUAAGUACAAAGCGAACACUGAAGGAACAAAACAGCAGCAGACUCACAGACUCCAAGAAGGGACUAACAGUUACCAAAGGGAAAGGGACUGGGGAGGAUGGGAGGGAAGGGAGGGAUAAGGGGGAAAAAGGGGCAUUAUGAUUAGCACACAUAAUGUAGCGGUGGGGGACACAGGAAAAGCAGUAUAUACAGAGAAGACAAGCAGUGACUCUAUAGCAUCUUACUACGCUGAUGGACAGUGACUGUAAUGGGGUAUAUGGGGGGGAAUUGAUAGUGGGGGGAGUCUAGUAACCAUAGUGUUGUUCAAGUAAUUGUACAUUAACGAUAUAAAAAUAAAAAUAAAAAUACUCACUUCCUCAGCCAUAUAGUUCAAGGGCACAAUUGCCAUGUCAAUAUAGAAAGUUCUAUUGGAUGGUGCUGAUGAGGGUAUUCCUGAAGUAGGGACACCCCCUGCCUGGCUCCUGACCAUCUCACCAAGGAAGGAUCCUCAUGGAUAGGCAGGUGGGUGCCCAGACUCCUCUCCAGCCAGCCUCUUGGCAGCUCCCACGAUCUCCCUCCCAGUCGUCACUGCAGGCCUUAUAAGGUCAAAUUCUCUUGCCCCAGCCUGGGAGAGCUCUGGGAUUCCUGUCUCAGAUCCACCAGAAAGCAGUUCAGUCAGGAUAUGUGAGAUUCUGGACCCAGCACAGGAAGAGCCCAGCUCCCUGAAUGGCCAUCUGGGGUUUGAGGCAGGCCUCUCCAGCUCCUGGAAUCUUCUGCUCCAAAUUACCCACAGUUGCUGCUGAUUCUUCCUGGGGACCCCUGGCUCCAGCCUCCAAACAGGGCAGUGCAAGUGAAGGGUGGACCACCCAGCUCCAGGCUGGUCACAGCAUCAACUGCUGUCUCCCCACCCUUUGCCUGGCCACUGGGGACAGUGUCAUGACCUCCCUGGGGACUCAGUAGAACUCAAAUACAUCCUCUUUUAUCUCUGGGAUGGGCUGGCCUGGCCAAGGCCUGCCUGCUAGUCACCUGGCCUCUGCCCUCCCUUGUUCCCAGUAUAACAUCCGCUCGCUCAUCACGUGUGUUAGGCACUGUUUAGGCCCCGAGGAUAAAGUGUGAACAAGAACACAGCCUCGUUCUGGAGUGGAGUGCACAGGAAAGAGGUGUGGAAUGUGUGCUGGGGGUUCAGGAAAGGCCUUGCUUUUUGCUGGGGGCGUGCACUUUGGGGUUGGGGAGACGCAGAACCUAGGAAGGUCGGAGGUGGGAAUAAGCUUGGAAGUAACCGCGUGGAGACGAGCGGCUGCGAGGGCUGAGCGAGGGAGGAGGCACGCGGGAGAAGACGUCAGAGCCAGGCCGCCAGUCGGGGGCUACGACGAGUUUGGAUUCCAUUUUCAGGGGGAUCCGAGAGAGGGUUUUCAGCAGGGGAGGGACAUGGCUUGCAUUUUGAAAAGCUCCCUGUGGUGCCUGGACGGACCCACGCAAGAGCGCGAGCGGGGAGCAGGGCAGGGAUGUCCGCACAGCCUCAGCGGCGGACUGUCCGCCGUCCACUUCAGGAGAGGGCAUCCCCAAGGCCCGACCCAGCCCGGGGGUCCUUCUGCCAGGAUGGGAACAGUGUCCCUGGGGGCGCGAGAUAGGCGGGUGGAGGAGGGGGCCCGGGACCCUCGGAGCCAGGGUCGAAGGUCUGGAGCGAGGAGGCCUGCUGGCAGGAUGAGGACUGCGUGUCCAGGGGCACAGGGGGUGGCGACGGUUGCCAGGGAAACGGGAGAAGGGCUGAUGGUUGACCAGAACGGGUCGUGGUUGUCUGGACAAUCGGAGGGACCCCCGCGAAGGCUGACGGGAGGCCUCGGACAGUUGCCGGGCGACGGAGUCCGCUGACAGUUGCCAGGUAACGAGAAAGCGCUGUCUUCCGCCUCGGCGGCCUCAGGCCGGAGGAAGGCAGCAUCUUGGGGGCGAGGGAGGACCGAGCUCGUUGAUUGGGCAGACUCCUGGCGAGCUAGCCAAUGGCGACUCGUGGCUCGGCCGCAGCCCGCCUCUCCAGUCUGAGCCAGUCCGGCCGCGUCUUUCUUCGGCCGAGGGGCUCAGCGCCCGCAACGCUUCUGGGACGAGGGGAGGCAACCCCAAGGGCUUGGAAGGGGACUGCUCCGGUCGCGGGCGCACCCCAGCUCGGCUUCUCCCUUUUCUGAGCUACCGCUUUAAGACCACCUUCCAGGAACAAAACAGCAGCAGACUCAGAGACUCCAAGAAGGGACUAGCGGUUA